AUCUAUCGGAGCAUAUUAGUGGUGUCCAAAACCCUAGCACAGGAAGUCGAAUAACCGUGGUGCGAGAGCGAUGGAUAUGGAGCAGAAGCAGGCGGAGAUCAUCGAUCAGCUCGUUCGCCGAGCAUCUACCUGCAACGGCGAGUCCCUCGUGCCUAUCAUCAUCGAUGCCACAUCGCAUCCUUCGCUUUUCGCCUUUUCCGAGAUUUUGGCUCUCCCCAAUGUUUCCCAGCUUGAAGGAACCUCAGAUUCGGUGUACCUGGAUGUUCUACGGUUGUUUGCACAUGGCACCUGGGGUGACUACAAAUGUAACGCUAGCCGUAUCCCUCAGCUGUCUCCUGACCAGAUUCUGAAGCUUAAACAGCUCACUGUGCUUACCCUUGCCGAGUCAAACAAGGUGCUGCCUUAUGAUACACUGAUGGUCGAGUUAGAUGUCACCAAUGUUCGUGAACUCGAGGACUUUCUUAUCAAUGACUGUAUGUACGCGGGUAUAGUUAGAGGAAAACUGGAUCAGUUGAAACGAUGCUUCGAGGUUCCUUUUGCAGCUGGUAGGGAUCUAAGGCCUGGACAACUUGGGAAUAUGUUACACACCUUGUCAGACUGGUUGAACACAUCAGAAAAUCUUCUCGUUUCAAUUCAAGACAAGAUUAAAUGGGCUGACAAUAUGAGUGAGAUGGACAAGAAGCAUCGUAAGGAAGCAGAAGAAGGAGUUGAAGAAUUGAAGAAGUCUCUGUCUAUGAAGGGGGAUAUUGGCAGCAGAGGGCAUAAUGAGAUGUUUGGGGAACCAAGUGGAGUGAUGAACUACAAAGAAGAUGGAAUGCGAUCAAAGAGGAGAAGGCAUCCGGUGAGAAGGUAGAGAGAGAGAGAGAGAGAGAGUAAAGGGAUUUGCAAUGGUGUUAGAUGGAUGUAUCAUUUACUUUUGGUGGCAGUUUUUUAUUUGUUAGCAUUUUAUUUCGACUUUCAUAAUGAUAUCGUCUCCUCUUUUUUCUCAAUGCGACAACAAAUUAAAUGGUUA